AUGGUUGUAGUGCAUAAAGAGACAACAAAAGAAAUCAUGAAGAUUUUGCUGGAUAUGGAUGGCAUCUUAUUGAACAGAGGAGAUACUGACAAUAGUGAAGAGGAAAUUAUCUAUUUCAAACGAAUGGCUGAAUGUUGUAGUGGAGACCUUUGUUUACCUGUGAUCAUCUCAUUGAGGAAUGGGAAAAUGAAGGACAGUAUUCAAAAAACUGCCGCAGAUGAAGGAAUUCCUGUCAUUUCCUUUACGCAAGAAUGUGUCGAUGCAGUAGUUAUCACAUAUCAAGUGCAGAAAACAUCAGAAAGCAACUUUCAUCUUAGUGCAAAAGAACACGUAUUUGAUAUUAAAACUCCGUGGGCAAGAAAAAGAGUUAAAAACACAGAUGUUAGCAGAAAAACGGAUCAAAAUGAAAUUGAAAGCAUAGAAGAGCUGCGCUACCUAAGCAACUUCUCUUUUGAUGUCUUGGUGUGUUAUUUGUUGAUUGGGGCAAAAGAAGAAUAG